GUGAAGAGGCGUCGUGAAAGUUUUAUUAUAUUCCAAGUUUUGUUAAAUUCCAUUCGUAAGUGUACAAAUAUCUGCGAGAUCUGAAAUACGUACAAUUAAAAUUAAUUAUUAAGAAUAUCUCUUUCGUUGAGGAAAGAAAAAAAUAUAAUUUAUUGGUAAUCUUUAGUUAGAGAAGAUUAUACCGGAAAAAAUUCUGAAAUCGUGCACCUCUAAAUUUUAUCAACAUCUUUAUACCUCUCGAAACAUGCAGUCGCAUUUCGUUUUUCCGAAAACGAUUAUCGACAAGAUCGUGAUUCUGUGCUGUUUUUUAAAGCUGAUCAUUGCUGGCGUUCUACAACAAAGAUUCCCUUGCGCGCCAAUCGAUGCAAUUUCUGCGAGUGGCGAUGCGGUGCCAGUGACGUGCGCGUUCAAAUCAAUUGGCGGCAAAGUGGAACCGAUACUUCCGACCUACGUGAAAGUUUCUACCCCGAUUUCGUACAGGCCGUUGCCGAAAACGUCGUCCUUAGUGUACAUUGCCCCGCCGAUUUUUAAAACGGCGUCUGCCGUCAUUGCGACGGACACGAAGAACGAGAGAGAAGCAGAAUUCACGGCCUAUCCAAGAUAUUCGUUUAACUAUGGCGUCUUGGACGGAUACACCGGCGAUUCGAAGUCAGCAUGGGAGGAGAGAGACGGUGACACGGUGAAGGGGGAAUAUUCUGUGGUCGAGGCAGAUGGAUCGAUUCGUACGGUCACUUACACAGCCGAUGACCACAAUGGCUUUAACGCAGUGGUGACCAGAAACGAGCCUCCGAGGAACGCGCAGCAAUAUAACAAUUUGAAAGCGUUUCUACCGGCGACUAUCAUUUCCAAUCCUCGUCGAAGAUGAACCGAAUUGCUCUGCCCCUUUGUACAAAAUAACAAUUUGCGUUCCGUUAAAUACUUUGCCUUUUAUUAUCCACCGAACGGAAUAAAGUAAAAAUCUACACUUGUAUACGUACAGUUAGUUUUCGAAUUCUUUAUUAUUAACAAUGCUUUAUUUAAAUACGGUGUGGUUACAAAAAAUAUUUUUUUUUCUUUUUCAACCUUUUUCCCUCAUAUUUUUCUAACAAAAUUCCGACCUCUGUACUCGCAAUACAGCGUGAAUAAUUAUACCAUUUACAAAGGAUAGACAAACUUAUGUCACGAGGAAACAUUCGUUCGAAGAUCAAAAAUCGAUUUUGAAAAAUAAUCUCUGAAUCAAAGUAGAUCUGAUUAUCUAAUCUUCAUUUCCUUGUGCAAGUGUCAAUUUUAUUUUCACUACUCAGCUACAAUCUCUAUUUAUAUAUACACGCUAAAAUUCAGUGAAAGAAAACUUUACACAUUACAAAAAAUAAGACGAAAUUUAUCAACUGUUCCUAACACAGAUCAUUAAAAAACUAAGUAAAUUACUACUAUUGCGUCAUUAAUGUUAACGGAGUUAUACAUGAAAAAAUAUAAAUAAAUCUUGUGUAAUACUUAAACAAUGAGAUUACAAACGUUUCACCGAUCUUAACUUAUUGGUAACAGAUCUCGUACCUCUCGCGGAACAGAAACGAAUUACAAAAAAAGGACAACAUCAAUCUAAAGACUUCGCUGUUCUACAUUUGUCUCUUAAACCUAAUAAUAAGAUACUGUUCGACCAACGCAACGUAACAUUUCAACAUCGUUCGACCUGAAAUUCAUCUUUGUACAAUGCUGUUGUUCAUCGGUUUACAAUCGUAAUUCUCGUCGAAACAAAAACUGUUAAAAUAGGAAUCCUAUUUCGGAAGGAUCGCCAAUAACAUCCUUCGUUACCCCAAGCAUUUAUCGUCUAACUAAACCUAACGCUUCUUACAGCGUUAACAAUAAGCCUGUAGAGCGUAGUUCGCUCUCCCAGUGUCU